GAUCUGGCAACCCUGCCCUCAGUUCCAGAGACAAAGUCGCUGUGUCCAGGAGAGCUGCAGCCGACCGGACUGGCGCUGGUUUUCACCCCGCAGACAUCGCGCUGUUGCGGGCUGGGUUUGACGCGUUUUCUCGCCGUUUUCCUUCAGCCUCCUCAGCCCGCUGUUCAGCCGCAGGAGACAGCCAUGCUGCGCUGUUAGAGGACAGUGGGUCGCUGUCAAGCUUUAUUUAUGGACUCAACGCGAAGUUCAGCCGCAAGUUUGACCUCCUGCACCCACUAACAAGGGGCUGUGAAAUCUGUGUUUGGACAGUAUGGACAUCCUGAAGAUCGUGCUGCUCAUCUCUGAGGCCGUGCUGCUGACCGACUGUGUGAGAGGACCUCCUCGAGUGUCAGACAAGGUCACUCACAGACAAACGGCGCGCUUGGGGAGCGCCAUCAAGCUGCCGUGCCCAGUGGAAGCAGACCCACCUCCCCUCAUCCGAUGGACCAAAGACGGACGCAACAUCCACAGGGGCUGGAUUCGCUUCCGUGUGCUUCGGAUGGGCCUGAAGAUCAAGGAGGUGGAGGCCGACGACGCCGGCACCUUCAACUGCCAGGCUACGAACGGCUUUGGGAGCGUAAACGUCAACUACACGCUGAUCAUUAUCGAUGACUCUCGUUCUGGGAACGCAGGACCAGCUAACGGAGCAGAACCCGAACCGGGUGGGGACAAACUGGCUCGUCCUCGCUUCACGCAGCCUGAAAAGAUGAGGAGGAGGGUGAUAGCGUGUCCCGUGGGCAGCACCGUGCGCCUCAAGUGUGCCGCCGGCGGGAGCCCCCGACCGGACAUCGUGUGGCUGAAGGACGACAGGCCCCUGACAGAGCGGGAGGUCGGCGAGGGCCGCCAGAGGAAGUGGACUCUGAGUCUGAAGAACGUGGUGCCGGAGCACAGCGGCAGAUACACCUGCAGGGUCUCCAACCGAGCGGGGGAGAUCAACGCCACGUACAAGGUGGAAGUCAUCCAAAGGACGAGCUCCAAGCCGGUUCUGACGGGGACGCAUCCCGUCAACACCACGGUGGACUACGGCGGCACCACGUCGCUCCAGUGCAAAGUGCGGAGCGACGUGAAGCCGGUCAUCCAGUGGCUGAAGCGCAUAGAGUCCAACGAGGAAGGCCGGUACAACUCCACCAUCGAGGUGGGGGACCACAAGUUCGUGGUGCUGCCCCUGGGGGAGGUGUGGUCCAGGCCCGACGGCUCCUACCUCAACAAGCUGCUCAUCAGCCGCGCCAAGGAGGACGACGCCGGCAUGUACGUCUGCCUGGGCGCCAACACCAUGGGCUACAGCUUCCGCAGCGCCUUCCUGACCGUGCUGCCAGGCACGAAGCCCCCCGUCUCCCCGCUGGCAACCAGCACCAGCUCCCUCCCCUGGCCCGUCAUCAUCGGCAUCCCUGCUGGAAUAGUCUUCAUCUUCGCCACGGUGCUGCUGUGGUUCUGCCAGAGCAGGAAGCACUGCCCGCCCCCCAGCUCGCCGGCCCAGCAGCCGCUGCAGAGCUCCCACCGCUCCCAGUCGUAUCGAGAGAGGGAGCGGGCGUGCCCCGCUCCGUCGUCCAGCUCCUCCGGCGCCGACAAGGACUGCCUGAGCCCCACGAACUACGAGGAGUACCUGGCCCAGCAGCAGCAGCUCCUCCUCAGCCAGGCCGGACCCAGCGUGCCGCCGAAGAUCUACCCCAAGCUCUACACGGACAUCCACACGCACACCCACUCCCACGUGGACGGGAAGGUGCACCAGCACCAGCACAUUCAUUUUCAGUGUUAGCCUCAGCGUUUGUGGAUCCUUCCUCCAGGACGAUUGCUUGGAAAACUCAAGUCUGUGCGGCUGACCCUGGCCAGUGUGUCAUCCAGUGAAACUUCCACAUUUUGGUGCUUUUUUUUUACCGUUUAGAAGCUCAAUGCAACAUUUAUAAUGACCCUUGUGGAGCACUUAAGACAAAAAGCAAGGUUGUUGGGGUUUUUUUUUUACAGGACGUGAGUCCGGCUUAAUCCUCCUGUAAUCCUCCUGAGAGACGUUCCUCAGCUGGGUUUUCCUAGACGGAGGCUUGGAGCCAGCGAACACCAAGGAUGCAGAUAAAAAAAUGGUACUAAAGCUUCAUAGAAGAGCUGGUUUACUGACUCAGGUUUUCACUGUGUUUAGAUGCAGUUGUUAGGAAUGCUGACCACUACGCUGCCGCCUCCAUCCCCCUCCUCUGUUCCUUUGAACAGACUGGUAGCUCUUCAUGGCAUCCAGAUGCUCCCAAAGACUGCAAGGGUGGACGGAUUGUGUUCCCACCCCCUACGUACAGUUCCUUGCAAAAGUAUUCCCCCGCCCCCCCCCCCCCACUUUAAUUUUACCUAUUUUGCUACAUUCCAACCUGUAAUUUAACAAAAAUGUUAUCUUAAUUUAUGUGAUGGAUCUGCUCUAUGGAGUGAGCUUUGUUCCAUUAUUGUUGCAAACAAAGACGUUUUGUAAAUGGAAAAAAAAUAAUAAUAAACUUUGAAAAACUUCAUCAAA